AUGCCACACUUCGUCAACGACCACGGGGGUGGUUUGGAUCGGAGUCUAAUCAGCGACCACGUCGCCCAAUACCUCUACUCUGUCUUCAUCGCGUUGGCCUGGUGUAACGCGAUCGAACUGAUCGUGCUCUGCUUCAAUACCUUCAAGAGAUAUGUCGGCUGCUACUUCUGGAGCCUCCUGGUGGCGUCCGCCUGCAUCAUCCCCUUCGGCCUGGGCUACAUCCUGAAGAUGUUCGACAUCACCUUCACCAACAACUUCCUCGAGCUCGCCAUCGUCGACCUCGGCUGGUCCGGCAUGGUCACCGGCCAGAGCCUCGUGCUGUGGUCGCGCCUGCAUCUCGUCCUGCAGAACAAGAAGCUCCUCCGCUUCCUCCUCUACCUGAUCAUCGUCGACGGCAUCCUCCUCCACGGCACCAGCACCGCGCUCGAGUUCUACCAGAACGCCCGACCCCAUUCCCACGCGGCCAACCUCAGCUUCGGCAUCAUCGAGCGCAUCCAGCUGCCCUGGUUCUGCGCCCAGGAACUCCUCCUCUCCCUCGUGUAUAUCGUGCAGACCGUCAGGUUGCUGCGGUUGGAUCAGGGGGGCCUCACGCGCACCGUGCUGACGCAGUUGAUGGCCGUCAAUGUGGUUAUCAUCGUGCUGGAUCUGUCGGUGGUGGUGGUUCAGUACCUGGGGCUGUUCACAUUCCAAGUGACGUUCAAAUCGCUGGUGUACAGCAUCAAGCUGAAGCUGGAGUAUAUCAUUCUCGGGCGGUUGGUCGAGGUGGCUCAUAUUCGGACGCAGCGCGAUACCCCGCGCCUGCGCCUAUAA